UCUGUUAAGUGCGAAUGAUUUCUCCAGUAUAAUUUGCCAUUCGUUCCUGGUAUAAAAAGACUUUUGCAGACAUGUUUUAAGUUCUUACUUUAAAUAUGGUCUAUCUCUUAGCAUCAAGUUUGAUUAUUCUACUUUGUCUUGCAUUUACAGAAUGCAGAUAUCUUCGUUCACAUCAUAUCGUGAAAGGAACCCAAGCUAAGAACUGUGAGUUCCCUCAUAUCGUAUUUGUACUCAUUAAAAAGAACGGGAAACGAUUCGCGUGCGGUGGUUCUCUCAUAGACUUUACGCAUGUCCUUACAGCUGCGCACUGUGUAGAUUCUAAUGUUGAAAGUGUGGAAGCUUUCUUCGGCAGCACCAACAAGUAUUUCAUGAGCCAUCGGAUCCUAGCAGAAGCCGUGGUGAGUCACAAAGACUAUGAAGAGAAAGAAAACAGUGUUGUUAAUGAUAUUGCUGUGAUCAAACUGAGCAAGGCAGUACCUGUAUCGGAUUGUCUUAGACCCAUCGAGAUGGCCACCUCUGAAGAUGAAUUCGUUGGAGAUUGUCAUAUCGCAGGAUGGGGCAAAUCUUCAGCUAACUCCAGUACAUCAGUAGUACUAAAUCGUGCUCAUGUUCCUAUUGUCCCACGGAAUACAUGCCUUGAACAUGCAGAAGAUAUCAAAAAUCAACAUAUUUGUGCAGGAGAGCUCGUAGACAACGGGAAGACAACUUGUGUAGGUGACUCGGGUGGCCCACUGAUCUGCACCCGCUCUUCAGAUAACACUUUGGUGUUAGUUGGCGUCGUGUCUUAUGGAUGGGAAUGUAUUGAAGGCCUCUCCGUCUUCGCUAGUGUGGCACAUUUCAGUCCUUGGAUCACUACUACUUUGGACGAAAUUUCAAAGCGGUCGAAUGACACACAAGCACAGACAUACUAACAUAAAUAUACAUACAUGAAUAAACACACACACAGACACAGACACACGCACACACACAUACACACACACACACUGAGGACGAGCCCUGUUGUAUUUGUGUCCUUUUGCUACAAUAGCGACAUCAGCUAUACUAUCAAUAAACAUUUGCGAACUUUUAA